AUGUUGUUAAAGUACCUUUUGGCCCCGAUUGCUUUAGCAAUGGCUGCGGUCCCGAAUGAAGAGGCAUCGAUCUCGAAGGAUCUCGACUUGAAUGUGAUUGUUACGGUGGCUGAGAAGUUCAAGCAACCCAUCAUCAAUGCUUGCAAUAGAGAUGGGGUCCAAGAAGUCCUCAACGAUUUAAAUGAAAUCUAUAAACCCGUCGUUGAUAUCUCGAACAAGUUCCAUCUCAUUGAAAAGAUUGGCAAAAAUCUGGCGUUUGGUGAAGCUCGAAUCUUCUUCGGAUUUAUCAAAGUCCUCGAGGUAAUCAUCCGGGCCAUUUCACAACAUCAGAAAGUAUUCGAUGGGGUUCACCAAAAGCUUCCUGAGUUUGAGCCCAAGUUGGAUCUUAUUGUCACUGAGUUCAAGAAGCUUGACAUAGAUUUCCACAAUGCUCUCGAGGGCUUCAGAAUCGACAUUCCACUCUGGGCUCGUUUUGGCUUCAAAUUCCAAAAUAAGAUCGGGGUUUGA